UUACAGGGUCACAGAACACCUCUCCAGGUGACGGCAGCAUAUGUAAACGGCACAGAGAAUGCUAUAUUAGCAUAUGAGGUUUCAUUUGCACCACCACCAUCCAAAGAUAGUACCUCACUUGAGCAGGAACAACAAGCCCUUUACGAGAACUGUGACGAUGUUAAACCCAGCACAACAUCAAAGAAUUGGGAAGUGAGUAGGGAAUUUGUCCACAUAGUUAAAGACAUUGGAAAGGGUACUUUCUCUAAAGUUGCCAAAGGAGAGGCUUGGAAUAUUAAAGGCGUGAAGGGCUUGACUACGGUAGCAGUAAAAAUGCUGAAAGGUCGGUGAUAUUUUGAGAUUGAAACCUAUGAUUAGUAAAGCGCUUAUUUAUAAUAAUAUGUUUGCUUAGUUAUUGCUUUUGUGUUUGGAUAGAAAACUCCCCGGAUUCUGACAAGGAGGACCUGCUGUCAGAACUGAAUUUGAUGAAACAGAUGAAACCUCAUCCUCACGUGAUCAAGCUACUAGGAUGCGUCACAGAAACUGGUAAAUGGAGUAAUUAUCUGCCACGCCCUUUCACCCUAUAUAGACCUUAAUAGAGAGACCUGGUUAAAACCACAUUUUUUACUAUGAUUUACUUGUUAUUUCUACAGUUGGCUAAGGCACCAGUGUUGUGUUUUAUUGUCUAAAAAACUUCUAAAAAAUCUUUUAACAAAAGUUUCAGAGAAAGGUGAUUACAGAAAACGCAAAUCAUCUCAGUCGAAAACAACGAACCUUUAGAGAUAAUUCUAUGACUAGCGAUCUACAAAUUGUAUAAUUAUCACGUUUUUAAAUAACUCUAAAAUGAAUCAUGUAUCAUACAAUCUUUUCUCACAGAGCCUUUACUCGUGCUCAUUGAGUAUAUUCCUUACGGUGAUCUAUUGGGGUUCCUAAGGAAGAGUCGGGGUCUCAAGGACACGUACUACAACAGUCCCGAUGUAAAGCCGCAAACAAAUCUUACUUCACGGCAGCUUAUGCAAUUUGCCCAGCAGAUAGCUGAUGGAAUGAAUUAUCUCUCAUCUUGUAAGGUAACGACAAAGUGGUGGAUACAUGUAGGAAAUUUAAAAUGUUAAUGAUAAAGGCAAUGCUAAUUGUGCCAAAUUAAGGACAGCUAGUCACCGAGCAAUUUUUUUCUUUUAUAUUUUUCUGUCGCAAACAAAAAAAAAUACAUCGAUUGAAACUAUUGAAAUAAUUAUAGUAUAUAGGAUUAACAAGGGCUUUGGAAGAUUCUGUUAGCACGUGGGACGAGUGUAAGAGUCACAGGAGUCAAAAUUAAAAAAUACAUUUCACUAUGGAUUGCAAGUGCGGUUUCGUGUGAUUACUCAAGAUUCUCUUCAUGAUUAUACCUGUUUUAAUGUAAUUGACUUUAUCAAGAGAAAACUGAUUUUGUCAAAACUGAAUAGGCAUGAAUGAAAAAAAAUUGACUUGCUUAAUAUUAUUUUAAUUUUUGGCCAGAUUAUCCAUCGCGACUUGGCAGCAAGAAAUGUCCUUGUAGGUGAAGGAGAAAACUGUAAGGUGACAGAUUUUGGAAAGGCGAGGGAUGUAAACCAAGAUGACAUUUACACAAAGAAAAGUCGGGUUAGAAUUUUUCAAAAGUUGCUCUAUAAAACAGUUUUUCGAGACGCAUUUCAUGACUGCUUCUGAGGAGAUGACGAAUGUUACACAUUUUCCAUUUUCUUAGGGGAUGAUAGGAAGGUGAUGGCUUACUUGUCUGGUGCUUGUCAUCUUAACCACUUGACGCAAUUAACGGUCGAUGAGCAUAAAAGGAGGAAGGAUUUGCGAUGCAGAGAUCACAGCUUCAAGUCGACUUCAUCAAUCACCGGGUCCUAACACUAAUUGCUUUUCCUUCAAAUUCUAAAAUUUACUGAAAACCAAUUUUUUUUCCAGCUUCUUAGUACGAAAACAGCUUUAUUAUGCUACAUGCGGUUUUUAUUCCAUGACAGCCUGGCACACUUGUCCUUGUUGUUGUUUUCUUUCGUAUUCUUUCUUUUUAACAUUUUUAUAACGUUAUAUUCAUUUGCGAUCAAACAGGGUCGUCUGCCAGUAAAGUGGACUGCUCACGAGGCUUUACUUUAUGGAACAUAUACAACCCAGAGUGACGUGUAAGUGAGUCAUCGUUAAGCUGCAAUUUUCGUAAAAACAUUCUGAAUAGUAGUUAUUACGCAUUGUCGUUUUAAAUUGUAAGAUACGAGCCCUUUAGCUUAAGAACAUCACUGUCAAGAGUCUAUGUUAAAGAGAAACCAAGGGAUCUAGGUUUGCUCUUAUAGAUGUUUUCAAUAUAAUGUUAAGCCAAGAAGCUAUACUCUCUUAAUUUUGCGUCUAUUUGUCUGUUUCAUGCUUUGCACUCAGUCGUUCCUCGGGAUUUUUGGAGGUAUUCGAGGCACCAGGGUUGAUGGGAAAGGCGAAAACACAGGAGCGCUCCAAUAGGUCGAGUCGAUCUAUAGCUCAGAAAAUGGUCCGACACGUCGAACCUUUCUUACUGUGUUUUGCUUAAAUCCUAAGAUUAAAAGGGAAAAGAAUUAGGGAGCUACGAUUUCUUAACCACUACACAAAGCAAUCGCUACCAGCCUUAAUUUUAUAGCAUUGCUAUGUAGUGUUAAACAGAAGAUAAAAGCUUACAAACUAGUAACCAUUCUAAGUCAGUGCUUAACCCUAUAAUCACUUUGCAUUAGUGCGAACCAUUAUCGCACCUUUAUUUUCUCACUCCUUUUUCCUGUUAAAUUGGUUACCAUUACGCUCUUUCAAUUUAGUUCUAAUUUUCUACUAAAUAUAUAUUAUAGAAUCUUGAAUGCAUUCUUCCCAUGUGCAUUUGCGUUUCGAAAACUUUCCCAUUUGUCGAGGGAAUUUUAGUAUAUCAUGUUUAAGUAUAUACACACUCAGUGAUCUUGAUGAUUCGAGCAAUCUGAUUGAUUCGCUAUCUUGGACUAUGACUUUUUAGUAUUUACCAAAUCAGUAAAUAGCAAUGUUCGCGCAUUAUGAUUGGCUGCCGUAACUCGGAAUAUCCUAGGCUACUCCAUGUUUUGCGACCGGAGCCAAGAUGGCGUCUCGUUUCGAGACAUUUUCGGAAGACGAAAUUUGUGCGAUAAAUGUAGCAGUAAUACAAACAAAUACUAAGAAGGCGACUUUGGCUUGUCGUUGUUCACUGGUAAGUAGAAAAUGAUUUUCAUGCCGAAUUUGCAACAAAAUCGUAAAAUGCACUUGACAAAAUCCCCGAAAUGUUUGUAAAUUGUAAACAAAGAUCCUACCAAGUGACGUUUCUAAUUUACAAAAAGUUACUUUUUUUCAGUUUUAUCCAACUGCAUGAUUCUGUAAACACUAAAACAACUAUAUAUCCCCCUCAGAGUCGGUAAACAGCGCUUCGCGUCUCGGUAUAUAUCACUACUGUUCACCUCCCCUUCGAGGAGUAGCUGUACGCUAGGCGGUGAAUAUAAAGCAAAACAAAGUCACUGUCGUGAACUGGGUGUUUUGCCAAAGUUUCAGAGUAAGAACGUUUUGAAAAUACAAGAAUAUCUUAGUGUUGAUGAUUUUGAAGGUAAGUAAAGACUUCGUGGUGUUUCAACAGCGUUAAUUAUUGUGAAUUGAUUUACUGUAGCUGACUUUUUACACACUCGAAGCAAUUUUUACCACUACAAUUAUCUUUGAUCUCUUUCGAUCUCCUCGAUCGUAGCCGCUGUUGACAGCAAUUGCAAGAAGCGGCAAAAAACUUUCUCGUUUACGGUGAGUUGACAGAACGUUUUCUUCUCAAAAGGGGUAGUAAUUUAACCUUUGGACGUUUUCUUUCAAACAAUUGAUGCUAAAGCCUACAAAAAGAUUAUUUAGAAACUAUGAUUGUAGAAGAUACUGUAAGCUUAAAGAUUUAACUUUCGCGAAUCUUCUGUUUACGGCUACAUGUUCACGCAUGUAUUCACCCGUUAAUCAAACCAAUCGUUUUUACCUUCUGUUGAGAUCACUUCGUGUGUAUACACUACAACAAUUAUUCACCUUGGGCUCAGUUCACAUUGUUGAAUAUCGAUCAGCUGGGGUAUUGAUUUACGUGUAAUGUUUUCUUUGUUAUCCUUAGUUGGAGUUUUGGUAUUGUCCUGUAUGAAAUUUUCACUAUUGGUAAGUUUAUUCAGAGUAUCCAGUCUAGCGCAUACUUGACUAAGUUUUUUAUUCUUGACUUUGACAACAAAACUGUGGAACAGGUCAUUGUAAGCUUGAAAUUUUAAUGUGAGGUACAAUUAUUUAUGUGAACUGCCGAAGUUGUCUAACGUGAUCGAUCGAAACUGCAGGUGGAUCCCCGUACCCAGGAAUAAACGGGCGCGACAUUCCAAACAAGCUUCAGAAGGGAUACAGAAUGCCCAAACCGAAACAUGUUGAAAAAAAUCUGUAAGUAUUCACAGAUUCAGUUAAAGUUUUAUGACUGCGUCUUAAGCUAUGUUCAGGCUAUACCAGAUAUCUUUUGUGCUGCGACACACAGUACGAUACCAUAGCGGAUAGGGCUUCUGUUCACACAUAAGGACGGUGAUUUUCGUGAUUUACGGAGUGAGGCUCUGCCACACCGUCCCCUGAAGUAAAGAUGCACAUAUCGGAUAGGUGUUGUUAUUUCAACGGAUAGCAUUUCGUGUCGGUACGAAAAGCUAUAAGGUAUAAAGUGAAAAUCUGAGCCUCAAUGGUAUGGAUUGUCACUACCUAAGAGCAAAUUAAGGAUGCAUUCUUUAUAGUUGCAUGCAGGUAGCUUGCGAAAAAUCAAUUAUACUUUUCUGCGUUCGUUGCUUUUCCUUAUAUUUUGCUAAACUUGAAGACGACAAUUAAAACAUACUAAUGGUACAUCACCAGUCCCAUGAAACGAUUUUUAAAAAAUUUUAUCAAAUUAAUUCAUACUGGAUCUACAAAAGAAAAUGGAACUUUAAUGAGUGCCCUAGUCAAAUGUUCUCUGUCAAAUUAGAGAAAAGUUAAUUAGUUGUGUCAAAGAAAUAAGAGCUGCAUCAAAUUAUUAUCUUUUUAUUAAGCCGUUAGAAAAGCUCGGGCUAAUUCAGUCCUGGUGUUUUCUCUAACUAUCGAUCUACAAAACACAGAUUGUGUGAUAUGUAGUUAUUGUACUAUACAUGCACUCUACGUAGUUUCCCAGAUAGACCUUUUUAGGUAAAAAAUGUAAUAUCAAUAAUUUGUUAUUAUUAUUAUUAUUGUUAUUAUUAGUAUUAGUAUUGUUAUUAUUAUUAUUAUAUUAUUGUUAUUAUCAUUAUUAUCUAAUUUAAGCUACCAGCUGAUGGUCCAGUGCUGGCAAGUGAAACCAAAUGAUCGACCGACAUUUUCCGUACUGAAGGACAAGAUCACAAGCAUGAUGAAAAAUAAUAACGUAAGUUGAUUAUCGAUAAUAAGAUAAAUUGUCACUUAACUGUUGAAAGAGAUGUAUUUACAGAAUAGAACAGAAAACAAAACAAAAAUAGAAACACAAACAAAGAUCACUUACACAAACAAAUGCAGCUCAGCCUCCUAUAGCCUUAACGAUCGGGCCUUAACGACAGUUCACUAACAUGAGGUAUUGGUUCAACUCCGAACCAAUUCAGGCACCUUGAAGCUCGGUCAAUCGCAAAAUUCUCGAAUCCGAUUGGUUGUCAGCAGCCUUUAUUUCUUGCUUUAUUUGGCUGACAAAGUCGUAUUGGUAUUCAAUAAAAUAUCAGUUGACCAUCUGCCAAAUUUUCAGCACAGGCAGCCCAGACUUUAUGAGAGUUCGUUGGAAUUUGAAUUUUAAAGCUACAAUCGUGGACAAAAGUCCUUUGGACAGUGCUGCACUAUUCAUAUUUUUCUUUCAUCUCUUGGUUCCCUCAUAAAAUAGUGCAUCCUUUUCAAAAUUUUUUUGCAGUUCGCCCUCCCCCUACCCUACACAAAGUUGAAACUCGGAAAAAAAAUUCUGGAUAAACGCGUCCAACAUUGAUUGUGGGGUGAGGGGAGGGGUUGGACUGGUGUGAAUUGGAAAACGCCCCCGAAAUGCAAAGUGUCCCAAGACUUUUGUCCAUGACUGUAGUUGUGUAAAUUAUCGGCCUCGCACGCGAGUUUACCUGUUGCACCCAGUCAAAUCGACCCAGGUAACCUUCCACCGUGCAACUCGUGUCCGAUUCCGAGCGAAGGCAAAUUGUCGAGCUGACGCUAGCUUUAAGUGACCGUUGAUUACGUCAAGUCCAGGUGUCCAAAGCAUCGGGAAAAAAAAUUCGAUAGAAAUAAGUUUGAAAUCCAGCGCUUUGUGAGCGGUUAUGAUGAGACUACAGAAGCAUAAGAGAGAAAGACACAUUGUCGGCAGAUCCGUUAUCGGCAAUCUUGGUAAGUUUAGACUAUUUUUAUCGGAUUUAUGGAGCUUUAAGUCAUAGACGGUAGGAUUCAGACUCAAGAACCUUUCCUUUAUUUUUUUUAUUGUAAGGACAACUGAAUCAAAAUCUAAAACAAGCCAAAACGACUUACACGUAGAUUGUUCCAAUGUUUUUCUCUUCCCCGUGCUCGUUUCUGUUCCCCGUUCCCCUUUUUAGUAACCGCCGUUCAAAGGGUAAGCACGAUACUUUUAUAUUUUAGGAGACUUACGUGAACAUGGAAAAGUAUGACACCAGCGAAUAUGGUUUCAUUGACGACUUCUUGGAAUAGAAGCAGAUCAAAUCCGUUCUUACUGAGUCUUUCACUCAAGAUACCUUUUUUCAGGAACUUGCUCAGUUUUAUUUGUGGGCAACUACUUGCUGUCAGCUUACACGCUCUCAAGUCUUAAGGAGAGGCAUUUUUUUUAAUAAUGUAGCGCGCAGUCUAAGGGAGUAUAAAUGACGUUAACAUAUCUAGUAUUCAUUAAUGAAUAAAUGCAACAUGGCAUAAACAGGAACGAACGAUCUACGUUGUACCUUUAUUGCUUCAAAGGCUGCUGAUACUAUAAUUGGUUACAACCUAAUUAUGUCCCUGAAAAAUAUAAUGAGCUGAGAGUUACACCGGUAAAAACUGUUAAGCCUUCUUUUUAAAUUUGGUAAAAUUAACCCUAGUCAGGCUCUGGAGGCCCAUUUAAUGAAAACAAAAAUAAAAAAUAAAAAACUGGUCAAGCCAUGACCUCAAGACCUAACGGCUUCAUCUUAAACGUGUUUGAUCUGGAAACAUUUUGAAGUCGUAAUGACGUGCUCGUCAACAAUAACGUUACCGAAGCAACCGAGUCUUGACAGCCAUGUUUUUACAAAACUUGCAGCUUCUUCUACAAAAGGGUUAUAUUUCUAUUUUUACUUAUUGUAUCUGAUCAAUUGAACAUAAUUAAGUAUUUAUUUAUCAAAUUAAUCACUACUGUGAUCCAGGCUUUUUAAAGACUAAUUUGAGGAAAAAAACGUGUAUAUAGAGUGACCGAAUAGCAGAUCCUGAAUUCAAUUUUAGCAGUGUUCAUUUCUCUCGCUUCCUUUUUAAGAUGUUCUUCAAAAGCCUUAACACUUAGGAAGAUCGAAAGCCAAUUACUUGUAUUAUCUGAUAUUCAGGGGAAAACUGCUCUCACAAUUGCAACAGCUAAAAAAGUCGUCCCCACUGUAAUAAAGGCUAUCUUGAGACUUUUUACACUUGGUCUUGGAGCGCUGGAGGACUGCUGUGCGGUGGGUAAUUGUGCAGCAGUUGAACUCAGGGAAGCUGAUUGA